AUGAGGCAAGCUUGUCAGCUGCUGCCCUUCUCCGGCAUCUUCAGUGUCAUCAAGGGUGUUGCCAAGAACAGACUACCUAUGUAUGCUUAUCUCGAGGGAGAACUCCAUUGUAAAGAAAUCAUUCAGCAGAUGACAGUACCUCACACUCAAAGAGGACAAUCCCACAGGUUCUUACAGGGCUUCAAAGGCAAGAAAGGGUACUUUGCGAAGCUAGACAUGUUGUCCAGCCAUACCUCUAUUGACUUCCACUGUUAUCAUAGACCCUUGACACUGUUAUCAGAGACUCUUGAGUCACGACCAGAUCUCAGAGAAGACGAGUGA